GCAAAGAUCUAUUAUCUAAAAAGCCCAAACAAAAGCAAACCAAUUGAUUUUAGUUUAUUGCAAGAGAGAAGAGGGUUCGCACUUCGCACUAAAUCCACAAAUCUUUUCUGUAAUUAAAAUUAAGGGCCUCUCUUAUUCCUCUUCAAAUGUUUUUAUUUUCAUUUCCCUUUUUGACUCGUCCUUGUUAAUGCCACAGGAAGAAAUCUAAGGAAACGGAGCAGGAAAAAUCGCAGGUUUGGUUUUAUUUCCGUGACGGGAAACUGUAAAAGAUAUGGAAAAGGACGGCCAUGAGCAGAACAACCACACCACCUCUGCAGAUUUCAUGGUCAAACGGAAACGAGGCCGCCCCAGAAAACACGUCAAGCUUGACGACGACUCCAACAACCGUUCUCCUCCAGGGUUUAGCAGAAGGACUCAGCACCACCACCACCAGUCUCUCCAGGACGAAGCUAUGGUCGGACAACAGGUUACUGGCACGAUCGAGGCGAACUUUGAAGACGGGUUCUUGCUUUCGGUUAAGGUCGGGGAUGAUUCGGACACCAUGCUUAGAGGCGUGGUGUUCAAGCAUGGUCACUUCCAUCCCGUGUCGGCUGAUAACGACGUCGCUCCUCAUGUUCCGAUGAUAACGAGAAACAGCGGCGUGGUGGUGGAUGGCCACGGUCAGAGAUCGAGGAGCUUCCGUGGUGGUGGUGCUAGAGCAUUGGUUCCUGUCCCUAUUCAGCCCAAGCUUUUGGCAACCCCUGUUGUGCAGAAUGGCGGCAGCGGGCAGGUCUCGGUCCGUUACGGUCAUGGUCAAGUCCAUAACGGGUCAGAGGAGCAGGCUCUGUCUAUCGAGCCGUUGCAGGCGAUACACCCCGUUCGUCCAGUCCAUAUGCCGAGUUAUGGACGAGGCAACAUGACAGAACUUCUUCAGGCCGUGCAGGAGAAUGUGAGGGAGACGCAUUUUUCACAAUGACAGUUAUAAAUUGGAGAUUCUUGCACUACUACCAUCCUUAGAGAGCUUUUAAGUCUGAUUCAAUCUCGUUGUAAUCAGAAAAUAGGAAAACAGAAUCUAACUAUUGUCUUAGCUUAAAGAUGUCAGUUUUUUUUUACAAUGAUUCCUUAUAUUAUUUUUUAUUUGGAUGAUGAUUUUAUAUCGAUAUGAUCAAUAAUAGUCUGAUAA